AUGACAGAAGGCACUCUAGAAACAACAAUGGAAGAUCCCGAUGCUCAAAAUGUAGAUAAAGAGCCGCGAUGCACAUCCACAGAGUCGGCUGAGGGGGACAGCGGAGCUUCAAGUACCAAAAUCUCAAAAGUGGACGAUUACACGACAGAUGACGAGGGAGAAACGAAUAGAGAAGAGCAGGACAUUCAGGAAAAUACCGAUAUGGAAAGCAGCAAUGCCGUGAAAACAGAAAGAGAAGGGAGUAGAAGAGACGGUAGGAUGGAGUUUACCGCUCACAGUAAGAGUAAACGUCACAAGGACGCUCUGGCUCUAAGGAAAAGGAGCUCAGUAGCCGUAAAAAACCCAAAUACACCAUACAGUUCGACCCUUAAACGUCUAAAGGCGAAUGAACGGAUCAAGGAAUUGUCUGAGGAAGACUAUGUAAGUUGUCUGGAGAAUAUAAUAGAGCGUGACUACUUCCCGGAUCUUACAAAGCUUCGUUACAUUAAUGCAAUAGCAGAAGCUAGAGCUGCCGGAAAUACACACAUGGCGCAAGUCUUGAGUGAACGUCUCCAAAGGGUGGAACAAGGUGAACUAGACGAGACGGAGGUUGAACUAAAAACUUUGAACAAGGACGGAGAACGAGUAGUUGUAAAUUUAGGCAAAAAUGGCCUCAAAUUAAACGAAUUUCAUCGCAUUUUUACUUCGGAGGAUAAUCGCAGCUUUGAACGACUGACCAAAGUCGACAUUGAAAAGAGUAUACAAAAGACAAAGUGGAUCGAGGAUAGCGAAUACAAACAUAACCUCGCACUUGCAGACGUUCAAAGAGACACUGAGCUUGGAAUGCGCUCAAAAUCUACAGCAUCAAAUAAGGCAGUUGCCAGAAAUUCACUAAUGUUUUACCCAGAUGGCAACAUUCCUUCUGCUCCAUCUGCUGUCAGAAUUCUAUCCAAAAACACCAGCCUAAAUGUGGAUGAAAGAAUGAAGGAGCUUGAAGAUUUGCAGAUUGAAAAGAGGAACGAACUCAAGAAACUGGCGGAGGAUGAGGAAAUUGCAAAUUUGGUCGUUAUGGAAGGUGUAGCAAAACACAGAGAUUUGGCAACCAUACAGCACAGUACAAACUACGGAUACGUCCAUACACCAAAAAUCGUAGCAGGCCAGGGAAACACGCCUCUCUUUACUUGGGGAACGAUUGCGGACGUUGAGGCAAUGCCUUCAACUCCUCUUUUGCAAAAGGCAUCCACACCACUGGUAGCUGGACGCAGCUCUCUCGAUACGGACGGAUUCCAAAUACCAAAUGCAGUGCCUAGGGAGAUUCUGGCUGACAAACUCUACAAGAAGCUGAGCCGAAAGCCAAGCAAAUACGCCAAGACGCCAGUGACUAGCAGUGGCAAUCCAAACACACCCCUCAUUGUCCAAAAGUUGAUCGCAAAACACACAAAGAACGUGGAUAUGCAGCUAAGGGACUCGUAUUCUGGGCACAAACACAGGUCGAGGUCCUCCUCCGUUGCGUCUUCCAUCGCAUCAUCGCAUAGACGAGUCUAA